UUUUUACGAGAGAAAAUCACGGAAACCGAUGCAGAUUCUCCAUCUCCAGAUGCUCAUAUGAACCCCCAGAGAGAGAGAGAGAGAGAGAGAGAGAGAGAUCUUGAGGAGCUGAAAACAUGGCUUGGAAUUUCCAUAAAUUCCCAAGACUUUUCUCAGUUCGCAAGAACAGCCGAUUUCAUCUCAGAUUUCCUCCUCCUUAUAUCUCUCCCCUUUGAAUUGAUUUUUAUCCGUUUCUCCUUUUGCUCAAAUCCCCCUCCUCCUCCUUUCUCUCGCUUUCUCGGUAUAAAUCCCCGCCCUCCGAGAAAAUUUAACCAGAAACAGCCAGAGGAAAUGUGCAGUAACACCAGCAGUGGAAGCUACGGAGGAGAUCCCGAUGAUUAUUCAGGCUCCUGUCUGAAAAAACACAAGAAGGAGCGUGUUCCUCGCCGCGGACCGGGAGUUGCGGAGCUCGAGAAGAUCCUCCGACAGCAGGAACAGAUCUGUACGGCCUCCGUCUCGGCUUCUCCUUCUUCUUCUUCCCCUCCUUCCCCUCCCCUCUUCUCAUCUCCUUAUCCCUUGAACGCCAUCGAUCACACCCUCCUCGUCCCUCCCAUGGUUCCUCCGCCGCCGUUGAUGAAUGCCCUUUUCACCACUACUCCUCACCCUGGCUUCACUCCUACUCCGCCGCCGAACCCUGCUGACGUAAUGCCGGAAAAGUCGCCGGCUUUUCGUCUGGGAAACGACGUCGCCGGCCAUAGAACCGCGCCCGUGUUCCCGUUCUCUUCGCUGUUCUCGAACGGGUCGUUUCCUAAGGAUUUGAUUCCUCCUGCGCCCGUGUUUCAGAGGAAGCAUCAUUCUCUGCACCAGUUUCAGACGAUGAAUCUGCCGAAUCCACCUCCUCCUGGAUUUUACCAGUUCAUAGAGCCCCCUUCAAACCAAAGAUCUUGCGUCGAGAAUGCGCCUCAGUUUCUGGAGGAAGAAAAGAUUGCUGAAGCGAAAAGGCCGUGGCUUUUUAUCACAGACACAUCCCCAAGUGCUCAAACGUACACGAAACCCUGCAUUGGUCCGACCAUAACCAUCCCAAGGGAUGCUAAACAAAGCCGGUCGCUGGAUCUGAGAUUGAAAAGCUCGGUUCUUGAUUAUGGAACAACCAGCGGAAAUCCCAUCACAGUCGAUUCCCCUUCUCCGGUAACACCUUCGACACCGAUCAGAACCUGCCCACGAGAUUUCUCUGGUUCUAGGUUCAUCCCACUUGCCUUACAGUAUGAACAGCAAGAAGACGUUGAGGAAUACAAGCAAAGAAGAACGGGGAAACCCUUCUACAGCUUCUUGCCCUCGGAUGAGCAAAGUAACCGUGAGAAAGAUCGAUGUUUCAGCUCGAGGAACGAGAAAUACGAAGCGAACAACGAUCACGGAAUCGAUCUAAGCCUUAAGUUAUAGAGAGUUCUUCGCGUGUUUUUCACGAACGAGAGAAGCGGAUUGUUAAUAAGAAGUGUUUUGUAGUUUUGGAUGUAUAACUAUGUUCCAGUUUAGCAUC